UCGUCGACGCCGUCGUCGACGACCUCGCAUCCGCAUUACCUCAUGUACGACGAGGACGGUGCCGCGGCGGACCAGAAGCUAGAGGUGGACGAGAGAGGUGUUAUCGAGGCGAGUAGUAUGGUCAAUCCGGAGCAGGUCGUGGCAGCCGCCGCGGGUGGUAUCGGCGUAGGGGUUGGCAUCGGCGUAGGCGGACCGGGUACGGCUACGGGAAGUGGGACCGGAUUGACCGGAUAUUGGCAGCACGCGACCACCGCCACCAGCUACUGGCCGUCGUUGUUCGACUGUUGGACGACGCCGCCGAUCGCAUCCGGUUCGCAGACGCUGUCCUUACCGAGGGACGAUGAUUGAGGCUAGUCAAAUUUUAUUCUUUCGCGAGGUCUCGUUCUCAAAUGUCUAACUAAUACGGCGCAAAAUCAUUCUUUAAUUCUAGUAGGUUUACUAGAAUUCGUAUCUCUGCCGGAGAUCGAUUGUAAAAUAUAUGAACCGGAAAAGAAUUUUUUUUUACAAGUCUCUCUCAUGUGUCUUUAUAAAAUUCAUAAAGAUACAGAGUCGUGUUAAUCGAUGCUCGAUUGGAAUCGGAAAUAAUGCAAGCUUCGUCGCGGAAUUCGAAAUUUUUUUAAAAUCAAUUCUACCGAGAGAGAUGCGACUAAUAAUUUUCGUUCUCGUGGUGAAAAUUGAGAAUUAGAGAAACGGUAAGGAAUCAGUGUCUGCGACAAUGUUAACAAAACUUACAGUCGAGGAACAUUUGCUUACGUUGUAAAUACGAGGUAUUACGCGAGCAAUCAACUACGUCGGUCGUAUUCGGCAAACUACAAGUUCGGCGAGUUCAUCGGACUCGUAUAUAUUCUUCAAGGCAAAUAAACGUUGAUGGAGUACAAAUAUUAAACUUUCGCCGCGAUGAAAAAUAUGAUUUAGCCCCUCGAUCUUCUUUUCAAUAUUUUUAAUUCGGUAAAUAUAAUAUAUUCAUUAUACAUAUAUAUAUAAAUAUAUAUAUUAACGAUGCUAUUGUAUAUAUGUCGCAAUAAAUAAACAUGUAAUAUUAUUUCAUUGGAAGGAACGAGAAAAGAGGUAUGUUUCCUCGCAAGUUAUAUAUGCGCUAAUUGUAUACGAUGUAUGCUUUAAUAAUUUUGGUUUCUCGAUACGCAAAAAUUUGGGGGGUUAAUUUCUAAGCAAAGAACAAUGGCGCUAAAUAAGAUCACGUACUCACUAUUCUGUAGAUAUAUGUAUAGUAGAAAUACCGGCUCUUUAUGCGCGGGGCGUAACUGUAUACCAAAAAAAACUGUUACAUUGUAAUGAUGAUAAUAACGAUUAUUUAAACAGAAUACCAAAAAUCUUGUAGGCUGUAAGUAUAAGCGAGCGAAUUAUACGGAUUGUACAGUGUAUGCAACAAGGAGUAUUCUAUCGAUUAGGCGUACGUUAUAAAUAUGGAUUAGUAUCGUCGAAUAAUUAUUAAAACACACAAUAUUCACAGCAUCCUCGCGCGACGCGUGCAAUUGGAUUUUUCAAAAGUCCGUCGAAUUUUUCUCUUCAUACUCUUAUCGUUCCAGCGCCAGCGUUUAACUUAUAUAUACGUAUAUCCCUUGAUUGUGCAAUUAGAGAAGCGUUAACGUAAUUCACAACAAAAUAUCCUAUUUUUAUAAGUAGCUUAUUAUUUGACGGAUCACACAGAUUUGUGUGAGAGAAAAAAACCAAAGCCAAAGUUAAACCCAAAAAUAUUGCAUAUGUAUAGAAUGAUUAUAUGCCGCGCGUCGAGGUCAUGGAUAAUUGUAUAAAUUAUUAUAUAUAACGGGGGAAUGUGUUGUGUAAUGCAUCGAGAGAGGAGAGAUUUCGAGAGUGAAACGACGACGAAGCACACGACACGAAUCGAUCGACUUCGGAAAGUCGAUAGCGAGUGGUCGAUCGCCGUAAAGAGAGAUCGAUGAGACAUAGUCACGUAAGAUAGGCGUAAGAAACGACCGCUAUUUUGUAUGAAUCCCAAUGUCGUACAAAUGUUCGUCGUAAUCACAUAUCCCAGUCCCUGCGGUGGGUGAUCCGUAACGUCACGUCAGAAUGUUUCUUCAUUCCCGUUUGUCACCUCACUCACUACGUGUAAACGUUCCUACUGGGCGAUAUUGAAGCGCCGUAAAAAGGCCCCGUUUGUAAUCUAGUCACAAUAAAAACCAAUUCUAUUCUAAAAA